AUGUCCGACGUCGACAAGGCAGCCACCGCUCGCGUAUCAUGGCUGCAAUCGAUCGUUUCCCACCGAAUCGUACCCGCCCCCUUCGCCAAACACCUCUACAAACGAUGCUGCACCAUCCUCGACCUGCAGUACACCGAAGCAGCCUACCGCACCAUGUUCGACGAAGCCGCCAAACACCUGUCCGUUCUCGACCUUGAGCUGCGCAACUUUCGCGACCAGCAGACGGGGCAGACGAUGCUCGCGCUGGUCAACACCAAGGACGACGCGCUGGUUCAGGGCGCUACACGGUACUCGAGUAACGAGAUUGCGUUCGUAAAGAAGCUGAUUGAGGAGAUCUUCAAAGCGAGGAGGGAAGCGUAUGCGAUACCAUCGCUUGAAGCGGUCCGCUUAGGAAGCAAACUCCGAACCCACCUGACUCGAGAUGCCACGGAAGAACUGCUCAAGAACCUCGUAGAUCACAACUGGAUCGACUACUCCUCCGACGGCAUCUACACCCUGUCAACACGAGCGCUACUCGAACUUCGCAACUACCUGCAGAACGAAUUUGGCGACGAGUACUUCCACACCUGCUCCCACUGCAAAGACAUCGUCACGCUAGGCGUUGGAUGCUCGUACACUUCGCGUGGGUGUACGACGAGGUACCACCUGCACUGCGCGAGAAACACCAUCGGCUCAGCCGUGGACGACGACGAUGCACUGCAAAAAUUGGCCGGCGGGUUCUCGUGUUCCGACUGCGGAAGGGUGUGGAAGUCGCGUCCCAUCGGUCCGAGGGCGUUGCGGUUGAGCACGGCCGAUCACGAUGGCUUUUUCAGCUCGCAGGGUGAGGCAUCACAGGCUGAGCCACCGCAGCGCCGCGGGAGACGGCAAGCGUCCGAGCAAGAUGACGAUGAAGAAAACGAGGAGGAGGAAGAGCAAGAUGUAAAGCAGCAACAUACGAGAACUGCCGUAACACCACAAGACGACGAAGAGCAAGACGAGGACGACGACGAGCCAACACCGCGAAGAUCUACUCGAGUCAAACCAGAACCUGAUCACCAACAGACGCCUCUGCAACAGCCAUCUCGACGUCGGUCACACAACGAGCAAGGAGAGGACGAGGACGACGAGAGCGACGAAGAGUUGGACAUCAAGCCGCGCAAACGCGCACGUUGA